UUUGUUCAUGGCCCCGGAGACGAGCCUGCGGAGGACAGCGAGGUUUCCAGUGAUGAGGAAAGCACCUACGAUGACGACCACGCGCAAUACCCACCUCCCGGCUCAGGCAACGACACGAUGAUCGGAUAUGAGCUUCUGGCACACAAACUAAGCGAACUGAAGAAGGGUAGAAAGGAUGACGCUGUAGUACCAGCAUAUCGCAAGUUCGAGCAACUGAACCAUCGUGUCCUACUCCACCUACAAGACGAGAUCAGCGAGCUGGAAGAGGAGCUGCGCCAGCUUGAUCAAGAGAUCGCCGAAGCCUCACCAGGCGCUCAGACAGGGCAUCGCCACCCUGCCUCCCGGCGAGGAGAUACCCAGUUCGGAAACGACCUGCACCGCCAAAGGCUUGAUGUACUUGGUCGGGUCUUCCUGAAGCUGGAACAAUACAACAAGGCUUUAUCAGCCUUUAGUGAAGUCAAGCAGCUGCCGUCUGCCCGUCCUUCAGACGUUGAGAAGUAUCGCGCGUGGAUGAAGCAACGUAAUCCCAUUCAUGAGGCGGAAAGCCGCUUCCUAGAGCGCCAGGCAGAUCUAGUGAAUUUUUCAUCAAAACGGCACGCAAGUAUUGACCAUAGUGCGGGGACGAACCAGCAUGCAAACAUGUGGCUUCCGCUGUUUCCGUUUGUGGCAUUUUCAAUCGUCCCCAGCUUGCUUGGACGCAUCGUCGUAAUCGCGCUUAUCAGCGCCGUGGGGCUGAGGACGGUCACGUCGACGCCAGAGUUCAUGGCCAUUAUGACUGUCCGCGAGUGGAUGUACACGGCUUUCAUGUGA